AUGAAGUCACAAGAUCUUAUGCAAAUCGAAUUAACAGCAAAAGCAAAUGAGAGCAGUGUGGGAUAUGUCGCAGUGGGAUUUUCCUUGGACAACAUGAUGGGCGACGAGAGCGUUAUUGAAUGCUCAGCACUCAAAGGAGGUUCGCUAACCCUGAAAAUAUCAUACAACAUCAAUGCUACUGCUGACCCAUCCACAAAGGGUAAACCUACAAAUCAGAGAUUGUCCGGAAUCGAGAAUUCCGAGUACUUCUCAAACGCGAAGAUUUUAUUCACAAAUGGAACUAUUUACUGCUCUGGAGUGUUAAAUGUGGCAGGAGCGGUGAACGAUAAAUGGUUAAAGUUCGAUCCCAAUAACAUGUACUAUCUGUUGAUGGCAAGUGGUCCCACCAGUACCACAGCACUUCUUCAGCACAAACAUGUUGUGGUUUCGACUAAUCCAUUGAGCCUCUCAGAUGCGAUAUCCCAUAACACCUUUGAUACUUCCACAUGUGGACAGUCCAAGGGUUGCUUUAUUCCCACGGAAGCGGAAUGUUACCAAGGCUGCAAUGGAAUGCGAUUCUCCUGGUUGAUGAAGUCAUCUGAUCUGCUUGAAAUCGAGUUGUCGGUGAGAACGGAUGCAAAUGGUAACGCUGGUUACGUCGGUGUUGGAUUUUCGACAGAUGAUAUGAUGGGUGACGAAAGUGUCAUUGAGUGUUCAGCACUUCAAGGAGAGCCGCUGUCAAUGAAACUGUCCUAUAAUAUCAAUGGAUCUACCACAGCAGACGGUGAACCUACGAAUCAGAGGCUAUCAGGCGACCAGGUAUUCAAAUAUUUUGUCAACGCAACAACGUCGCUCUCAGACGGAAUGGUUUACUGCUCAGCAGUACUGAAUAUUGCUGACGCCGUGAGCGAUGGCCGCCUGAAGUUCGACACUGGUGCUCUAUACUAUUUGCUUAUGGCCAAUGGUCCUACAUCUGCAAAUGCCAAAGAGAAAGGCGUAUAUUCUAGUGUGGGCAAUGACUCAUUCAUUUACUUCGAACUAGUGGCUCCAUCCACUUCAAAGUAUGGAACAUUUGUGGCUGUCACAUUCUCCUUUGAUGGCUCCAUGGCAAACACACCUUCAAUAGAGUGCUCAUCGCUUGGUGCAGAUGAUCUUUCAAUGAAAUUCUCCUACAAUGACGCUUCCGGGAAGAAUAUUCGAAUUGCAGGAGAAGAAAUAUUCACCUAUACAACGAGUCCGUACGUUCUUAUACUGACUACAGGCAGUACCGAUACAGAUGGUCUGCUACCAUCAGCAUCUAGCUACACAGCUGCACUUGCCACACCGUUAUCCCGUAACGAGGCUAGUUUCGAUGCUGGUACUUGUAAUGUGGAGAAGAAUUGUGUUCUUCCCGAUGAAUGCUACCGAGGAUGCAAUGGGAUGGGCUUUUCCUAUAAGGGCAACGACUACGUAAUCGAGUGCUCUGCUCUACCAAACCAAAAAUACUCACUGAAAUUCUCUUAUAACAACGACUCCCCUAAAAAUGUGCGCAUCCCCGGUGAAGAGAGCAUUGAAUCGACAUAUUUCACGCAAAGCAACAUCGUCACCGUCGAUGGAGAACUGUAUUGUUCAGCUAUUGUAAAUGUAUCCGGAUGGGCACUAAGUGAUCAGGUAUUCACUUACAACUCUGCACAGGCCUACUAUCUUCUGCUAGCCAGUGGCUUCACUGACAAUAGUGGACUCACUAUACAUAAGCACACUUACGUCUCGACUCCUCGACUGUUGGAUGAAAGCGAUACUCCUUUGAAUUCCUUUGACACUGCCACAUGCGGUACCAAGAAAGGAUGUUUCAUUUCUGAUCAACCAAAUGCUAUGAGAGCAUCUUAUCAAGUUCUCUCCGCUCAAUUUAUUCGUAUCGAGCUUUCUAUGAAAACUUCUACUAUAACAUCAUUAUAUCUUGCUCUGGGCUUCUCCUUCGACAAUCAGAUGGGAAACGAUAAUGUUAUCGAGUGCUCAGCUCUUACUGGGCAAUCAUUAUCGAUGAAAUUUUCAUACAAUCCAAAUCAUACAAAUGCGCGAAUCAAAGGAGAAGAGACUAUCAGAUCACAGUAUUUUCAAAAUGAGACCGCAGCGAUUACUGAUGGAGUACUGUACUGCACAGCCGUAGUAGAUGUCCGUGGUUGGCCCUCUUCGAAUGGGCAGGUGUUCCAAUACAAUGCAAAUCAGACCUAUUACUUGCUGUUAGCUGCCGGCUCAGCGCUCAGUUCAAGCCUCACACAACACAAAACAACGGAUGUAUCCAGUCCACGAUUGCUAACGGACUACGAUGCCGACUCCAGUAACGGAAUGAAUUCGACAACCAAGGGCCGCCUAAUUAAAGCUCAUGCUAUUCUUAUGUUGCUCGCAUGGUUCAUCUUUGUACCGACCGCUGCUAUGUUUGCUCGAUUCUUACGAUCUAGCUGGCCUACGCUUAGACCUGGAGGAAUACUCAUCUGGUUCCACGUUCACCGUACCUCUAAUUCGAUAGCUAUCACUUUGAUGACGGCUUCUUUCAUAUGCAUUCUGACAGCAAACAAUUGGAAAUGGAAAGGACCAGGAUCCCACUCUGGAAAGUGGGUUGAAGCGCAUACAAUGAUUGGAAUUAUUGCCCUAUGUCUAGCGUGGAUGCAACCAUUUGUCAGUGCGAUGAGAUGCAACCCAUCACAUCCGCGUCGACCAUACUUUAACUGGGUCCACCGCGGAAUAGGUGCUACUGCAAUGGUCUUAGCUACAACUGCGAUUGCCAUCGCUGCCUACCACUUCCUAAGCAUUUGGCCUCAUCAACUGAUUCAACUCGUACUAUCACUCGUGCCACUCGUUCUAAUCCUCUCAAUGAGCACAGGUUUCCUGCUUGUUGAUAGGAAGGACAUCAUAAACGAUUUGAACUUCAAAAAAGUUCAAAGAAAUCGUGAACUUGUUGUGUAUAUAGCUGUUAUAAUUACAGCAGCUGUUGCCAUCACAUUAUCCGUAUUCGUAGGAAUUGGAGCAUAA